AUGUCCAAGUCCGUCCCAUUGCAAAGAGCAGUAGAAUCCGAUCCCAGGGAGUAUCCAGGUAGGCAAGAGGGAGAUCAAGACCGAUUCACUUGCCGGUUUAAUUUCUUUAGCGACUUCAGCGGCGACUUCGGAGCCAGCAAGUUGAGGGUGCCCAGUUUAUCGUCCGGUCCGUAUAAGCCCCAUGUUGAGAAGGGGGUGGCACGGAUGGUCGCGAGACAAUAUAAUAUCCAGGAGCUGGGCUCGGCCCUGGUUGCUGGCCAUUUGAUCGAGUUCAGUUCGUAUGGAGUGACUGGAGUUCAAGGUCUACCUCCACCACCGACGGCAAAGGUAGGAAUUACAGCAGCCGGUGGGUUUGCUGCAGAAUAUCAUAUCUACAUCUGCGGGCUGGACAUCGAAGAGAAAGUCGAAUGGAUCAAAGCACAAACCAUCGCUGCAUUGGGACCGGAGAGUUACAAGAAGCUCUCCUUGCUACAGGUUACCAUCAUCGGUGUCCCCAAGGACGAUCCAAAGUACCAAGAUAGCUCUACCGUCGAUGUCAGGUUAAAGGAAUUGCUGGGUAACGACUAUGUUGGUAAGCCGAUUGACCAGUUCGAGAUCCCGGGUCUGAAGGCAGUGCAUUUCCUACUCCAAGACCAUCUCGACCGCGGCUAUAAUGCAGGUGCUGGUUUGGAUUGUCUGAGGAAGAGCUUGGUUGAAUAUAUCCGAACCAAAUAUAUAGAUGUUCCUGUCAAGUUCCUGGAGCGGGAAGACCAUGAUUGUUUUGCUAGAGGAUAG